UAAACGGUCGGUCUAUCCAAGAAAAGUACUACAACCAAUUACCAGAAAAUCGUCCCCCAAGUGCCGAUUGCAAGUGAUAUUCCCUCUCAAUUGCAAGUACCUGAAUUUUGCCAAAAUCAUAAACUUAGAAUCAAUGUUACUUCGAAUGCAACUACAAUUACUACUCCCACCAAAAUACACCCCCCCUUCAUCUUCACGCACCCUAUGCUCCAUUCGAGUCACAGCAUCAGCCACCUCCCCGCCGCAGUCAAUCUCAAUCCACCUGACACCCAAUUCGCCGCCUUCGCUGUCGCAAUUCACAACCACAUCACCCAUUUCGCCGCCCGGAAAUGCAGUGUUUCGCCCCACCCCUGAAUUGGGGCUUCUCUCUCACGUAUUCGUUUUCUCCAUGGUUUUUGGUGCAUUAUUCUCCGUGGCUUUAAUUUCCAUUCCAACCUUAAUUGCUUUUGGAAGAUUAGGAAAUUCAGUGAAGAAAUUGUCUAAGGUUGUUUCGGAAGAGGUACCUGGAACUUUAUCUUCUCUCAAACUUUCUAGUUUGGAGCUUAGUGAUUUGUCACAGCAAUUAAACAGUCUCAGGCAUAUAAUUCCUGGUGUUGGCAUUGGAAAUAAGGAUAGAAGCACUAUGAGAUCGAGAUCCUUUCGCAAGAAGAAACCAUCGUCCUAACAUUGCAAACGAUGCCUAGGUACUAUUGUGUAAUGAUAUCGAAGUAAUUCAGGGAGAUGCUGAAAUAUCUUGGUGAAAAGAAGGAAAUGGCAAAUUCAAUGGGAGUUGCUUCAGCAAUAUGGUGUAGCUUUCUACGCACCUCUCUUCUUUAAGGAUUAUAUUGUUUGAGUGAAAAUGGUGGAUUCAACAAUGAUGGAUUACAAAAACAAAAACUAACGGAAAAUUGACAGUGUUAACCAAAAAGGGGUGUGUUUGUAUAUUUGAUAAAAACUUAAGGGAGAUUAGUGUAAGUUUUAACUUUUAAAACUAGAAAGGGUGUAUGUGUCAUAUUAAUAGACAUCAGGGAAGGCGAGUGUAAUUUUCCCUAUUAUAAAUUCACAUAAGCUAUCAAGUCCAUCAAGCCCCAAGGAUUUGUCUAGGGUGAGGAGUUUGUGUAGCUAAUAUCAAACAGGGUUUUAAAUUUUGGUUGCAAAUGCGGCUACUACAAUCACAGACAUUGCUACUGGUGUGGCAUGCAUUUAUUUUUUAUUAGCGUCGUCAACCAUUAUAAUUUAUCACUUAUCUUAUAUUAUUCAAAUAUUUUCUAUUUCCUCUAUAAAAUCUCAUUU